AUGGCCCGCCUCGCAUGUUCAUCAUACUUGCGUCUAGAUCCACUUUCGUACUUCCCAUCAGAGAUAUCUGUGGUAAUACUCCAGCAAGCGACCCUCGUCCGCGAGGAAUGGUUUCAUUACCAAAGCUUCAAGCUUGUCAAUCGCCUCACCUGUGUCUCUCAGAGAUGGAAAUUGGUCAUAGAGAGCAUUCCGCUCCUUUGGACGUCUAUUGAGCUCGUCGGAGAUGCAUACCAUUAUACGAACUCGUGCGUUCUCAAGUGCUCUGCGUUUUCUCGCCAGGCUCCGCUCAGUGUAGAUUUCCGAAACUAUGGAGGUGAACUUCCUUGGGACGCCGUCCAAGCAUUGUUGAUGAAAGCUCACGACCGCAUUCAUCAGCUUCGUUGGGACUCGGUCAUAAGCAACCACAAUACUCGGGAGAAUCUGAAGAGAGUUGAUCGCAUCUUUCAAAAGCUACCCAUGCUUCCUGAACUCCGAUAUACCGGUAAUCGUGCCAAUCGCUACGAGUGGGGCUCGAUUGCGGAUAUAAGGAAGCUCGUUUUUAGCGGUAGGAAGCUCAAGGUCAUUGAGAUGGCGCUUGGAGAGGAAGACUUUCGGAUGUUGACCUGUUGGACUCUUGAGAAAGUGUCAGUCAGAGCAUCCCUCAAUAUAGCCAUGCCAUAUCUCGAAAAAAUGACCCAAUUAGAAGAUGUGGAAGUCUUACGCGGCGGUUUUCCAUUUCAGUCUACUUCCACCCAGUUACUCCCUUGGACUACGCUGUCACUCCGGAAAUCCUACGACUGUGAUCCCCCACGAACCCUACUAGAGCGUACUACAACACAACUCGUAAAUCUCAGUGUGAAGGUCACCCCAGCUAUCUAUACGAGUUUCUACGUUCCAUAUACUGCUGGCCGCGUCUUGUGCAAGUCUGGUUCACAAUAG